CGUUGGCACUCGAUGUAGAUGCAGAGACGGAGCCUUUGUAGUGGAGAGAAGAAAAUUAGUGGUGUCGUGCAUUGGAAUAAAAGUAGAAAAUAUCACUUUAUAAGUUGUUCUUUCUCAGUAAAACCACCUGUAAUCAUUGCAUUGAGUAUCAAGGUGUACAAAUAGCUAAGAAAUUGUGUGCUGUGUCAUCUGUGGGGUGAUCUGUGGGUGAGUUUUCAUUUCAAUGACUCUCUGAGCCCCUCACACCAUUUCCGUAUUCAGACGCUGAGGAUUUGAGGUUGUGAUUUGACUUUUUCUGCUUGCUGUGAUUCCGUCGUCCUUCCAGGCAACCAUCAUCCCAUCCAGCAAGUGCAGAGUGUACAAGAGGGUGAGAGAGGAGAGUGCAAGAAAAAAUGUCGAGACAGAGUUCUUUGGGAUCAACUGGCCUCAAGCCAAUUAAUCUAGAAGAGAUUUGGACUGAUCUGGAAGAUGGUAUCAAUCAGAUUUACCUGCGGGAACGCAAUCUGAUCAUCAAGCGAUAUAUGGAGCUCUACACACAUGUAUACAACUACUGCACGAGUGUGCAUCAGCAGACGGGCCAGGGAAGGUCAACGGUGUCUGCUAAAGUGGCAAAGAAGGGUACAGGGACUGGAUCAACUGGGGGUGCUCAGUUGGUGGGUCAAGAAUUGUAUAAGCGUUUGAAAGAAUUCCUUGAGCACUAUUUGAAGAAUUUGCUAAAGAGUGGAGCUGAUCUCAUUGACGAAGGUGUCUUGACAUUCUACACUAAACAGUGGGAAGAGUAUCAGUUCUCGAGUAAAGUGCUCAAUGGGGUAUGUGCUUAUUUGAAUAGGCAUUGGGUGAGGCGAGAAUGUGAAGAGGGUAGAAAGGAUAUUUAUGAGAUCUAUCAAUUGGCACUCGUGAUAUGGCGAGGUAUAUUGUUUAAGGAUCUCAAUAAGCAAGUGACAAAUGCUGUAUUGAAAUUGAUUGAUCGUGAACGCAAUGGGGAAACAAUUAAUUCACGGCUGGUAUCCGGUGUGAUAAAUUGCUAUGUUGAAUUGGGACUCAAUGAGGAUGAUCCCAGUGCUAAGGGACAGAAUUUGUCGGUGUACAAAGAGAGUUUUGAGAAUAUCUUUUUGGAGGAUGCUGAGAGAUUCUAUAAUCGUGAAAGUACGGAUUUUCUGAGGCAAAAUCCGGUGACGGAGUACAUGAAACGUGUAGAGCAGAGGCUCAAUGAGGAACAGAAGAGGGUUCAGGUGUAUCUACAUGAGAGUACACUCGAUCGUCUGGCUAAGACGUGCGAACGUGUCUUGAUACAGAAGCACCUUGAGAUCUUUCGGACAGAAUUCCAGAAUCUUCUGGAUGCUGAUAAAAAUGCCGAUUUGGGUAGAAUGUAUUCGCUCGUGGCGAGAAUUGAGUCCAAUAUUGGAUUGUCGGAAUUGAAGCAAAUCCUUGAGAUACAUAUUCACAAUCAAGGAUUAGCGGCUAUUGGGAAAUGUGGUGAAGCUGCAGCUAAUGAUCCCAAAAUUUAUGUUCAGACUCUGUUGGAAGUGCACAAAAAGUACAAUGCUCUAGUUCUAACGGCCUUCAACAAUGACAAGGGCUUUGUGGCGGCCCUGGAUAAAGCCUGUGGCAAAUUCAUCAAUACAAAUGCCGUUACAACGGCCAGCAAAAGUUCAAGUAAAAGUCCUGAACUUUUGGCCAAGUACUGUGAUUUGUUGCUGAAGAAAUCCAGCAAGAAUCCAGAAGAAGCUGAACUUGAGGAUACACUGAAUCAAGUAAUGGUGGUUUUCAAAUAUAUUGAAGAUAAGGAUGUCUUUCAGAAGUUCUACAGCAAAAUGUUGGCUAAGAGACUUGUUCAUCAUAUGUCAGCCAGUGAUGAUGCUGAAGCUUCGAUGAUCUCAAAGCUGAAGCAGGCAUGUGGCUUUGAGUAUACCAGUAAGUUGCAGAGAAUGUUCCAGGAUAUUGGUGUCUCGAAGGAUCUCAAUGAGCAGUUUAGGCAGCAUUUGGUCACCAAUAAACUGCUCAAUGAGAUUGACUUCAGUAUUCAAGUGCUGUCCAGUGGAUCAUGGCCAUUCACACAGAGUUUCACUUUUUCACUGCCAUCCGAGUUGGAACGCUCAGUACAAAGAUUCAACAACUUCUAUGCCGGCCUGCAUUCUGGCCGGAAGCUGAACUGGCUGUACAACAUGUGCAAAGGUGAUUUAACAACGAAUUGCUUCAAAAAUCGCUACACCCUGCAGGCCAGCACCUUCCAAAUGGCCGUCUUGCUGCAAUUCAAUGAGCAGACGAGCCUCACAGUGCAGCAACUUGGCGACAAUACAGGUAUCAAUCAGGAGCACCUUGUGCAAGUACUGCAGAUUCUGCUUAAGGCAAAAUUGCUCACAUGCGCCGAUGACGAGACGAAUCUCACCAAUGACUCGCUCAUUGAGCUGUACUUGGGCUUCAAGAAUAAAAAAUUGCGAAUCAACAUUAACUUCCCGCUGAAGACGGAAUUGAAGGUGGAACAGGAAGUGACACAUAAAUACAUCGAGGAUGACAGGAAGAUUCUCAUCCAGGCGGCUAUUGUGAGGAUCAUGAAGAUGCGAAAGAAGCUCAAUCACACGCAGCUUGUGGCUGAAGUACUCAAUCAACUGUCCACUAGGUUUAAGCCAAAGGUUCCGGUUAUUAAGAAAUGCAUAGACAUUCUCAUUGAGAAGGAGUAUCUGGAGAGAAUGGAAGGUCAAAAGGAUACAUACAGCUAUUUGGCGUGAAAACAUUCACAACAAGAAAAAGAAAAGAUUUAAUAUCUCGAAGGAAAAGAAAGAAAGAAAAAAAUAAUGACGAAUAGUCCUAUUGAUGACUUUUAAAUUAAUGAGAUUUAAUUGAUAAGGAAGUGAGAUAGGUAAAUCUAAAUUCAUGUUUCUGUUUCUCAUUUAUUUUUGCUCUGUUUACAAAAUUCAUUUAGUUACUUUAUAUGCUCUUCUUUUUUUUUGUAAUCGACGUUGUAAAAAAUCAUUAAACUUUUCUUAGUGUAAAAAAAAA